CCACCAUUCCCACCCACAGUUCGGUCAAAAAAUAGUCUGUGAACAGCUCUGUUCCUACCCUUCAGAUAUAAGUAGGGACUCUGAGGCAGAUCAGAAGAAGAGGCUAUCCUUGUCUUGGAGAAUUAAAGCAGAAGAUGCAAACACACCCAUUAGAGAUGUCUGCUGCUGGUGUGAGUCUGAGGGUCACUGCCCUUUGUGUCUUGGCUUGGCUUGGAUUGGCUGCUAGUGACCGGGUAUAUAUACACCCUUUCCAACUACUCAUCUACAGUAAGAGCAGUUGUGAUCAUCUGCAGAAUUCCAAUGCAGAAGCACCCAAAGACCCAGUGUUCACACCUGCACCAAUACAGGCCAAGACAUCUCCUGUGGAUGAGGUCGCUAUUCAAGAAAGUUUGGUGUUGGCCUCCAAGAAUUUGAAGACAGAAGACAAGAUGAGGGCUGUAGAGGUGGGAAUGUUGCUCAACUUUGUGGGUUUCCGCAUAUACAAGAUGAUGAGUGAGAUGUGGAGCACUGACAAUGGGGUGAUCCUCUCUCCCACAGCUCUCUUUGGCACUCUGGCCUCUUUCUAUCUGGGAGCCUUGGAUCCUACAGACAACCAACUACAAGCUUUCCUAGGUGUACCAGUAGAAGAUCAGGGCUGCACCUCCCAGCUGGAUGGUCACAAGGUCCUCUCUGCUCUGCAGACCAUCCAAAGUUUUCUGGUUGGCCAGGAUGAGGCUAACAGGCAAAGGGGACUACUCUUGUCUACAGUAGUGGGCCUGUUCACAGCUCCUGGUCUGAGUCUGAAGCAGCAAUUUGUUCAAGGCCUGGUUCCCUUUGCCCCUGUUACUUUUUCACACUCUCUAGACUUAUCCACAGACCCAGAUCUUGCUGCAGAGAAGAUCAACAAGUUCAUGGAGGCUGUGACAGGGUGGAAAAUUAACAGCCCCAUGACAAGAGUCAACCCAGACAGCACUCUGCUUUUUAACACCUAUGUCCAUUUUCAAGGAAAGAUGAAGGGAUUUUCCAUGCUGACAGCGCUCCAGGAGUUCUGGGUGGAUAACAUCACAUCAGUGUUUGUUCCCAUGCUCUCGGGAAUGGGUACCUUUCAACACUGGAAUGAUAUUCAAAACAACCUGUCCAUAGUAUGUGUGCCAUUCAGUGAGAAUUCCUGCCUUCUGCUGAUCCAGCCUCACAGUGCCUCUGACCUAUGGAAAGUAGAUGCCCUCACCUUCCAGCACAACUUUAUGACAUGGAUGAAGAACCUAUCUCCCAGGGUGAUCCACCUAACCAUGCCUCAACUGGUGUUGCAAGGGUCCUAUGACCUGCAGGACCUUCUCACCCAGGCCAACUUACCUACUCUGCUGGGUGCUGGUGCAAAUCUAGGCAAAAUCAGUGAUGCCAGACUCAGAGUUGGAAAGGUACUAAAUAACAUUCUUUUUGAACUAAAGUCUGAAGAUGGUGAGCAGCCCACAGAAUCUUCCCAGCCACAGGAUAAGCCCGAGAUCUUGGAGAUUUCCCUGAACAGCCCAUUCCUAUUUGCCAUUUAUGAGCAACACUCUACUGCCUUCCACUUCUUGGGCCGUGUGACCAACCCACAGAGUAUGAUGUGAAGUCUAGCAGAACACAGUUACACUAACCUGUUAUCAUCUUUUCUUCCAAUAAGUCAACUGGGAGCGAGAAGAAAGCUGUUUCUUCAUAGUGAAUGUGGCAUUGUGUAUAAUAAAAAAUGGAACAUGCUAGCAUCAGAUUUACUUAUGUUUAUUUGUGGAAUGUGAGAGGAUACAAAGGCCACUAUUUAGCAUAAGGCAAGUCAUCUGAAAAAAGAACAGACCAACUUGUUUGUGAAACCAAAAAAAUUCCAUUCUAACUUAAAAACAGAAAGUGGCUUUUAAAUUUUAAAAACAUGUAGUUUGUUGCCAUUAUAAUUAUUAUAAAUAUAAUUCCAUUAUAUUAUAAAUUAUAUUAUAAAUAUAAUGCCAUUGAGAUUAUAUUUAGCUUAGUGGUCAUGAGCUCAUAUGCAGUGCUAUCUCCACAAUGCCUUCAUUUCACUUAGUUUUUCAGUUUUUUUUUUUCUCAUAGUACUUGUGAUUUUAUGUGAGAAUGUACUAUUGUGACUGAUUAUCCUCUGUGCUAUUAAUAAAGUUCUGGUAACAGUAAACAAAAAAGAAAGUUCUAUCUUUCACUUACUAACAGAGCAUAUACAGUAAGUCCUAAUUAACAGUACCCAUAAGUUCUUGGAAACUGACUUUUAAGUGAAAUGAUAUACAAAGAAAACAGGUCCUUGAAUAAAAUAAUGUUGCUCAA